AAAUACGCAGUAUUUACCUGUUGAAAUGUUUGGAACACUUUUAUAAUUAUUUGCUAUAAAAUUGAAUCAGUGUCUUUGUCAUAACAUUCGUUUAGGUGUUGAGGUAUUAUUUGUUUAUUUAAAAUAAUCGAAGAUUCAGGAUAGAGGUUAUAUUUAAAGGUAUAUAAAGGAAAUGAAAAGAAGUGAAUAAAUAAUUAUGGCAAUGGCUAUGAGAAAAAGGAGUGGUUCAGGCUCCAAACGUCAACACAAAGGAAAACUUGUACCAAUUUAUGAAAGUUUUUUCAAAGGAGAGGAUUUAACAUUAGCUCAUCCAAAUUUUUGGAAUGAAUUAUUUUUAAUUAAACCUAUGGUUCCACAUAUUGAAAGUGAAAUUUUGCAUAUGACAGUAGAGCAGUUGAAUGCAAGCAAAGAAAAUUUAAAUGCCUUGGUUUGUCACUGUGUAGAUACAUUAAUUGAUGAACAUCCCUUCAGAGUUGUAUAUGCUUUACAAACUUUAGCUGCUGUCAUUCAAUCCAUGUAUAAGAAAGCUAGUCAAGGUGACUGUGGAUUUAACUUAAUAGACAUCUUAGUCGGAUUUGAUUCUGCAGAGCAAAGGAUGACAACUCUGAUGCAACAUUGCAAUAAUUUUUUAACAGGUGAAUACCCUGAUAGCUUAAAAGCUUUAUGUUUGAAAUUGUUGUUAAUUAUUGUAACUGGUAUGGACAAUGUUAGUCAGAACACUUUGUUGGAAUAUGUUAUGCUUAAUAGUGUUUUUGAAUCUCUGGUUCAAUUAUUAAGAGAUACAACAGCUAGAAGUCGUCAUGGACACGAUGCAGUAUUGCUGUUAACACUUCUAGUCAAUUACAGAAAGCAUGAAGGAGCAAAUCCUUACAUCGUUAAGUUAUCAAUUUUAGACGACGAGUUAGCACUUAAUGGCUAUGGACAAGUAAUAUCAAGUUCAUUGAUGGAAUUUUGCAGACAAUUUGCUCAGCAGAGAGCAGAGGUACAAGCGUCCUGGUUAUCAUCUUUGACUAACAUUGUUGGAAGUAUGUUUGUUGGCGAGGAAGAAGCAAAAACGCAACAAGUGCGUGCUAAUAAUGCACUGUUAUUAGCACUCUAUGAAGCUACACAUUUAAAUCGUAAUUUUGUAACGACUUUGGCAUACACGCAAAGUGAUACUAGCGCACCACCUUCGCCAAACAAUACGUUAGGACCAAAUGCAGUAGCUCCUGGAGCUCAGAUGCCUGACGUCAUGGCUCAGCCAUUUAAUUUACUGGCUACAUUUUUACAGUAUUGUUCAAUAGUUAUGCAAGUUAUCAGAACAGAAGCGAUAAUGAACAACGUUAAGUUAUGUUUUCUUAUAUUAAGUUGUAUUGCAGAAGAUCAGUAUGCAAACAGUUUAAUGCACGAUGCGAAUUUGGCAUUCAGAGUACAGCUUCAUCGAGUUCCUAUGCAUCAUAGAAAGAUACAAGAUAAAAUAGCACCUGCACAACCAUUGGCAGCUACAUUACUCGAUUUACUUGUUGAAUUUAUCACAUCACAUAUGAUGAAAAAAUUUCCGCUUGAACUAUAUCAUCAGUGUAUUGGAGUUUUACAAAGAUUGCUUUGUUACCAGAAAAGAUGUAGAGUUAGACUUGGAUAUCAAUGGAGAGAUCUUUGGACAGCAUUGAUCAAUUUACUUAAAUUUUUAACUACACACGAAAGUCAUCUUAUUAAGAAAAUGAAUAUCUUCCCAUUAGCUAUUCAGGUUGUAAAUAUCUUAAAUUUAUUUAUAACUUACGGAGAUACAUUCCUGUCUUCUCCGAGUAGUUACGACGAGUUAUUUUAUGAAAUAAUACGAAUGAGACUUAUUUUUACAAAUUUAAAUGCAAUGGCACUUCGAUAUUCGACAAGCGAAUCUUACGAAUACAAGGAACACGCAUUAAAAUUAACAAACUGUUUGGUGAACAUGAGAGACAUAGUGAAUCAUUUUCCUCCGAAAAUAGCGGCAUGGUUGGCAAGUGAAAGUUUAUCAACUCCAACGGAACAACAAAUUCUAGCAAUUAUAAUACAAAAUUAUGAUAGCCUUACUUUAAAAUUACAAGAUAAUUUAGAUCAGUAUGAAAGAUAUUCUGAAAAACCUCAUCACAUUGCAUUCUUUGAAGAAAUGGUAACUGGAGUUGUAAUUGAUACCCGAGGAUCCAUAGAUUUAAGUGCAUUAGAUACACAAGCUAUAUUACAAGAACUGUCAAAUAUUUCGUAACAGAGACUUCAUAUGAGAUAUGCAACAGAUCUUGUAUGUCAUCUUGUUGUGAUAAUGUAUUAUAACGAAUUCUCUUUUUGUAAUACAGUCGGAUUUUUGUAUAUGUUCUUACUAACGCAAGGAACAUAUAACAGCUUAUGGAAAUAACACAUUGUAGUAUUUUUUGUUGUUGCGCUAUAUUUCUACGGAUUGUGUAUACAAGUUUCAAAGAGUUAUUAAAAAUUGAAUAAGUAUAAAA